GUUGGGUUUCGGAGGAAGUGCGCGCGUAUCAUGGAUCCCGGCGGCGAGGCUCCCCGGCGGCCCAGCUUCCGGCCGCUCCAGCUCCUCGAGAAGAAGGAACUCGUCGAGUCGUGCUCCACCUCCGACGCUGCCUCCUCCUUCCCGUCGCGGAUGGACGACACCCGCAACGGCGAUGAUACUGCGCCUCCGCCGGCGGAGGCGACGCGGAUCAAGCCGCCCUCGAAGAGGAGCUCCGCCAAGGACCGCCACACGAAGGUGGACGGCCGCGGGCGGCGCAUCCGCAUGCCGGUGCUCUGCGCCGCCCGCGUCUUCCAGCUCACCCGCGAGCUCGGCCACAAGUCCGAAGGAGAGACCAUCGAGUGGCUCCUGCAGCAGGCGGAGCCGGCGGUGAUAGCCGCCACCGGCACCGGCACCAUCCCUGCAAACUUCACUUCCCUCAACAUCUCUCUCCGCAGCUCCUGCUCCUCCUCCCUCUCCGCCCCAAACUCAUUCUCCUCCUCCGUCGCCGCCGUCGCGCCGCUCUCCGGCCACGCCUUCCGUUUCCACAGCGAGUUGGACUACACGGGGACGACGAAGACGUCUCCAUCUUCCUCUGCUCCUCCCCUGCUUCUCAGCUUCAGUACCUCCAGCGCUCUUGCUGAAUCUGCAGAGCCGGUGAGGUCCGAGACCGCGGACCUCGCGAACGCGAGGAAGCGGCGGUGGGAGGAGGAGUUGGUGGGGCGUCGCCACCACCAACCGCCACAGAAUCCAAUCAUGGCGGUCGGUUACGGACAGCCUGGCAGAGUGUGGAUGGCCAUGGCGAACCCUAACAACCAACAACCCACCAUCAUUGCUACCACUGCUGAGCCUGACCCAUCACCAUCAAUCUGGCCAUUCCCAAACACCGCCGGCGCCGCCCCCAGCGGGCUCCAGUACUUCAUGAACUUCCCGCAGCCGGCGGCCGCGUCCCCCACGGCGGUGCUGCAGACAGCUGCUCACCAACUGAGCCACGCGGGCGGAGAGGCGCCGCACAUGGGGAUCCUGGCGGCGCUCAACUCGUACGGCCGGCCGCCGCCGACCAACGCCAACUCGCCGCCGUCGAGCCAGUAAAUUGAGCACUGCUGCGAUCGUACGUAAUAAUUUCGCCGCCGUCUUUUAAUUAAUUCGCAUGCGAUUCCAAUUUUUUUUUACUUUUUCUUAUGGAGUUACUUAAAUUCUUCUUUAAUUGCUUGAUCGAUUUCACUCUUCAAUCGCAAUAUAUUUGUAAAAAACAGGGGAAAACAUUUCAAUUAAUUAAGAUACUUAUAAAUUUACCCUAACACUAAUAAUUUUACAUAAAUUUAAAUUUCAUCAAACAUAGUAGCAAUUAAGAUGAUUACAUUCAUCCCAGAUUACGCGAGAUUACGC